AUGGAUACGGAAAAGCUGAAGAAGAUGCAGCAGUCGGUGCGCAUUGCGAUUCUGCAAACACACAGAGGCAAAGGCACGCCGCGAAGAAAGGUCAAGAAGGUGCACAAGAGCGCCGGCACGGACGACAAGAAGCUGCAGACCGCGCUGAAGAAGCUGAACGUGCAGCCGAUCCAGGCGAUUGAGGAGGUGAACAUGUUCAAGGCGGACGGCAACGUCAUCCACUUCUCGGCACCGAAGGUCCACGCAGCCGUGCCCGCCAACACCUUCGCCAUCUACGGCAACGGCGAAGACAAAGAGCUGACGGAGCUCGUGCCCGGCAUCCUGAACCAGUUGGGCCCCGACUCGCUAGCCUCGCUGCGCAAGCUGGCCGAGAGCUACCAGAGCAUGCAAAAGGACAAGGGCGAGGGCGAGUCCAAGGACGACGACGAUGACGACAUCCCCGACCUGGUUGCGGGCGAGAGCUUCGAGAACAAGAACGAGGUUGAGUAG